AUGGCAACCAACUCUAGGUCAAGCUCAUCCCAAAACUCCAUUGCACGCUAUGGAGAGUCAUCCCCAAAUGCCUCCCCAAUUCCAUAUCGCCAUCUGCCCUACUCGUACACGCCAGCAGUCAAUUGCUUCUACGAUGAGAGGGCACCCAGGUGGGUAUCAUGGAGUGAUGCGAAUCUAGGAAGGAGGUAUCACUGCUGCUACAAAUAUCAGGAGUGGCUGGAUCCAAAGCCAACUGAGCAUCAGAUUGAAAUACUUGUUGAUCUGCAAGAUGCAGUCAAGGCACUUCGUAAGAAGAACAAAUAUCUUGAAGUGGAGAACAGUGAACUAGCAUAUUUGGUGGAUGAAGCACAUGCCAAGUAA